CGUUGCCAUUGGUCAGACAGCCACUGACAAAACCAGUGGGAGGUUCCCGGAAAAAUCGCUUAGCGGAAGGGAAGGCCAGACCCAAAGAAGCAGAAGACAGCCGCUGCCGAUGAGGCCAACGAAAGAAGGAAAAGUCACCUCCCACUACUGAGGAGUUGUGUUGCUCCAGGAAAGCAACCUGCAUCACCUGAGCCCACCUGUGUUUAACUCAGAUUCACCGUCCUUCUGCAAAAAAAAAACCCUUAAGUUUUUACUCAUUCAUCCUCCCCUCCCCCAACACACAAUCUUUUUUUUCCCUCCUAAUUUUCAACGCUGCAAUAUGGCAGGGCGAGGCGGACCAGCACGGACCAAUGGCACCGCUGCAAGCAGCAAGAUCUGUCAGUUCAAGCUAGUGCUACUGGGAGAGUCGGCAGUUGGAAAGUCCAGCCUGGUGCUGCGCUUUGUCAAGGGCCAGUUUCACGAGUACCAAGAGAGCACCAUUGGAGCUGCCUUCCUCACACAGACAGUAUGUUUGGAUGACACAACAGUUAAGUUUGAGAUAUGGGACACCGCAGGACAAGAACGAUAUCACAGCUUGGCACCCAUGUACUACAGAGGAGCCCAGGCUGCCAUCGUGGUCUUCGACAUCACCAACACAGAUACAUUCACACGUGCAAAGAACUGGGUGAAGGAGCUCCAGCGACAAGCAAGUCCCAACAUCGUUAUUGCACUGGCCGGAAACAAAGCCGACCUGGCUAACAAGAGAGCAGUAGAUCUCCAGGAAGCACAAGCAUAUGCAGACGACAACAGUUUGCUCUUUAUGGAAACUUCAGCCAAGACCGCAAUGAAUGUUAAUGAGAUUUUUAUGGCUAUAGCCAAGAAACUUCCAAAGAACGAGCCUCAGGGUGGAGCGGGACCAGGUGGACGGGCCAGAGGCGGCGUGGACCUGCAGGAAGCUGCUCCACAGGGCAGAAGCUCUCAGUGCUGUGGGGGUGGAAACUAACUAACUCAAUUAAUCAGCUGAUCCAACCGAUUUACAGCUUCAAUCAACCACACCAGAUAUUAGCCGGCUGUAAAACGACGCCUUGUUGGUCAAACCAAACCAUCAAAAGACCAACUUAUCCUCUCAGCACCAAUUAACUGUUUGAAAAAAAAAAAUGAGCAUACUGGCCUGUAGACUGCCAGAUUCCACUGAAGGUUCCAGCUUGAUGAACCUGCCAAAAAUACCAAGAAAUCAACCUACAGGCUUAUUCACAGAAUCAUGUUAUACACCCGGACUCGCCAACCCAUGACCUCUCUUUUGAUGAUCGACACGACUUCACCUUGGAGGGAAAACCAAAAUCCCUCUCAUGGAAGGAAAACAAACAGAAGUUAUUACCCAUUGUUCUGUGUUUUGCAUAGAGGAAAAUUAAUUAACAAAAAAGGAAGGAUAACCCUGUCCUUGCUGUACAAGGACUCACUUUACAAGUGCACCAUAAAUGAUUCUAUCGUGGUCUUAUGUUAAAGCAAGGUGCAUGUAGAGUCUUUAAGGACCUGGAUCAGGAGAAAACAAACGGAUGAAUUUCUUAUAGACCUGAGUAGAAUAAAUGAUUGAUGUUAUCUCUAUUAUUACAGUUUUUCUUUGGCACAGACUGGUCAGUAUGAUUUUCAAACCUAUCCUAAGGUUUUACAAUCAUUUAUCUAUGUUAUUGAAGCAUAUACAAUGAAUGCAACUUUAUUAACAAUUUCACCCGUAUGUAAUUUUAGCAUUAAUGUAAUGUUUUUGAAUUAUCAGUGUAAAAUAGGACAUGUAAAGAUUUUCUUUAUUGUCCAAAAUCACGACCGCAUUUAAAACUUUUCUGUAUUUGUAACAGUCUUUUGAGGUUUGUAAUCAAUCUGUAGUUACUGUCAAAUGAAAAAAAAUCUUCCCAAUCUGUCUGUAUUCUGUCAACCUUAAUCGUUUUUUUUUUUUCAUGUCUUAACUUCUUUUUCCUCUGGAGAUUUAUGGUAUUAAAUGCACUGGUUCUGUCUCAUCAGCUUUGUGAAUUGAGAUGUUAUCCUCUGCUUCUCUCGUUUCAAGGAGGGAUUGGUUUUGAGUAAUCUUGUCAUCCUGCUGUGGCAUCAACAUCUUGCACAAAAGAACUUACACCAGAACAGGGUUCACUGCUGUGAAGUAGGAGGAUAACAGGUAGAAUGAACGUGUAGAGAAAGGAAAGAAAAUGUAAUUUUACAAAUAAAAGAGUGGAAGGUA